UGGUCUACAUGUAUUUAGGUUUAAACAGUCAUUUGCUGGAUAUUAUUUUAUAGUCAACAAUGUAGGAUUUGUUUUAUACUUUAUAUGCAAACAAGCUUGGUCACUCUGUAGUAGUUAUUUUUAGACCAGGCAGUGGGUCCCUAAUUAUUGCAGAUACCUAAAUUCCAUGUCCAAAUUAGGUAAUGCAUUGCAUAAUGGGCAGCUACAUCUCUGGUGGUCAGCCACCACGUGAUUCUCUUAUCUUAGCAGUAUUAAGUUUCAGUAACUACUUGUAGCAUCAUUCCUUUGUCCGGACUCUAGCUAAGCAGACGCAUUGUGUUUUUAAUUAUUAUUUUUUCAAACUUUCGACCAGCUUUACAAACCAUUAACGUUUUCUUUAAUUUCACGGGAUUUAACAUGGCAGACCGCCGCAGUGCACGAGCGAGAUCUAGUGCAGGUGCCCCGUACGAUCUCAACAGACCUGAGAAUUGGACAGUCGAGAAACUCAGAGAGGAGUUAAGAAAGAACAACGUUAGUUUUCGUCAGUCCGACAAAAAGAGUGUGCUAUUGAAGAAGGUUAAAGACUUGACUUCUAGUCGUAGUCGCGUGGAUCAUGAAGAGCGCCCCGUACAGUUAGCAUCGGGCUCGAGUAACAGAAACGGAUUCCAAGAUGGCGGCGACCAUCGCCAACUAAUGCAAACGAUCUCGACUCUUACGGAAACAGUGUCAAAGUUGCAAGAUGAACUAAGAAUCGUUUCAAGUAAAGUGCACAGCGAUCAAGCAACGAGUUCUGAUGCAGUGGAUACGGGACGGUUGAUCGCACAGGAACAGCAGAGGCCCGGGGACGAUCAUCACGAUGGCUUCACUCUACAAUCCGCCCUACGGAAUCCAAGCCAAAGUGUCGAGGAUGGACCGCUUCCGACAUCUGGCCCCACAAGCCGACCCUGUACCGAAGCCAUGCCCAGCAUAUUCGAGCCUCAUCGCGAUCUGAAGAACCAUGCCGAACAUUUAAUCGAUGCCUCCAUUGAGUCCAGCACUGCAGCUACAUACAGAGCAGGACUAGACUGUUUUUUAAGGUUUAUAUUGAUGUCUCGAAUGUGCUCAGCCUUUGAUAAAUUACCUGUCAUAAAUGAAGAUAUCCUUGUGUAUUUCGUAUCCCAUUGUCAACUUAUGUUAAAAUUGAGGUAUGAAACAAUCAAAACUUAUCUUGCUGGUGUACGUUUUUUCUACCUGAAAGAUGGCCAAUGUCUUAUGUUUAAAGAUUUUGAGAGGCUUCAUUGUGUCUUGCGUGGUGUCAAAAAGCAACAAUGCAACCUUAGAUCAAAGAGAUUACCGAUCACCUUUUCAAUUUUGUCUCAAAUGUGUGAUUGUCUGAACAAAGGUAUUUUUUCACCAAUGUUAGAUCUUAUGUUUGACUGUAUCUGUAAAAUGGCCUUUUUUGGUUUCCUAAGAUGUGGAGAAUUUACAACAAAUUUUCACAAGCAGAAAGAUUUUUUAACUAUACAAGAUGUCACAUUUUCAGAGGACGAGUCUUUUUAUAUCUUGAGGUUAAAUUCAUCAAAAACAGAUCCCUUUCGACAUGGCAUUGACAUUAAAAUUUUUGAGAAUUCUUACUUAAAUCCAGUAAAAACUAUGAAAAGGUAUCUCGAUAGACGCUUGAACCUUUGUCACACUCAAGAUCAUGCUGCUUUAUUUAUUGAUGACAAAGGUUACCCAAUGUCAAGGCAAUUUUUCUUAUUUCAUGUGAAACAAAUCCUCUGUAGAUUAGGUUUUGAUGAGACAAGAUAUUCUGGGCAUUCCUUCAGAAUUGGUGCAGCCACUUCUGCUGCUGCAGUUGGUAUUCAAGAUCACUUAAUUCAGUCAUUAGGUCGCUGGAAUUCAGACUGUUAUACAAGGUACAUUAGAAUCAAUCAAAAUACCAUCAAGUCUGCACAAACAAAAAUGUGCUCACUGUAAAUUACUGUAAAUUUUAUCUUCUUGGGGGCACUCACUCACAUCAAUUAUUGGUAUCCACUACAAUAUGAUGUUUAUUCGUUUUGGCCUGGUUACCCCCAAUUCAGAUAAAUUUCUAUGCAUUAUGUAAUUAGUUAUAUCUACCCGCUGGUGUCAACCCGGGUCCCUGCAUUUAAACCUGAUGGUGUCAACCCAGGUUCCAUCCCUUAAAUCCCGAUGGUGUCAACCCGGGAACCAUUCCUUAAAUCCCGAUGGUGUCAACCCGGGAAAUACUCUUUAAAUCCCGAUGGUGUCAACCCGGGAACCAUUAUUUACCCGACGGUGUCAACCCGGGUUUCUUAAGUUACAGCUAAUAAUUUCCUGAUGGUGUCAACCCAGGAGUUUUUCAGUUUUAUAUGUGAGUAGCCCCCGAGAAGGCCAAAUAUGUUGUAUUUUGUGUGAUUUUUAAUCUAUGCUUUGUCAGUAGAUUUAUUUGUUGUGCUUUUGUUGGUGUUUAAUAAUUGUAAAGUAUUUUCAUGUGUAGGUUUAAUAAAUUGUUCAACAUA